ACAUUUGGACACCGCCGACGGAGGUUGACUUUUUUAAAAAUGCGAAGGUUUUCGAACAUUUGUGUGAUAUUAUUCUCGUUUCUUUAUGCGACAGGACAUGGUGCAUCGGAGGAGGUAAUGGCGUGUCUUCGACAGGAAAGGUCUCGAGUGGAAAAUCCAUCACAAACGAUUGUUAAUGUGGUGGCGGAGAAUCCGGCUUACUUGCAUUGUAGUGUACCUCCAGACGCGGAGCAUGAGAUUGCAUGGACCCGAGUCUCCGACGGAGCCUUAUUGACAGCUGGCAACCGCACCUUCACACGAGAUCCAAGAUGGCAGGUGUCAAAGAAGUCUGCUAAUAUUUGGGUAUUGAAUUUGAGACGAGCCGAGCAGCAGGAUUCGGGAUGUUAUUUAUGUGAAAUCAAUGACAAGCACAAUACAGUGUAUGCAGUUUAUUUGAAAGUUCUGGAGCCACCACUUCCAUCUCCAUCUUCACUGCAGAAAAAAUCCACAAAACUGAUGGCAAACAUGUCUGGGGAUGAAGUAGUUCUUAACUGUACUGUAACAUCAACUGAUAAGGAUGAAGAAGUACUUGAUGUGGUAUGGACAAGAGAUGGAAAUACGAUAAACUUUAAUGACACUGAAAAAUACAUUCUGAAAGUGAAAAGAGACGCUGGAGUUGUGAUUGAAACGAUGCGAAUCCGGAAGGCGACAAUGGAGGAUGAUGGGAAUUACGCUUGUGAGCAUAGUCAGCAGAAGGCGUCACAAAUUGUUCACAUCAAUAAAGCAGAAGCUCAAACAUCCAACUCUGCAACAUUCCCUUGCUCCAUAUUCUCCAUUUCAAUUUUUAUGUAUUUUUUAUAUUUAUAGCUUAUUCCUGAACAUCUGAAAAUUAACUAUUACUAUUGAAUUAUCAUCAAAAAAAAUUCUCAAUGAUUCUGACUUCCUCUUUAAAGUGCGGGUUUUUAUUUUUUAAAUAAAUUAUGCUUGAAACUUU